GAGUCUCAGCCCUUUCUCUGCAGCUGCCACUUGAAGACUCCACGUUUUCCCUCCAGAGGAAAGAAGCCAUCUAUCUAAAUCAGCUGUACUCUCCACGUCCCUCGUUUCUCCCUCCGCCAGCCGCCACCCCCACCCCUUCUAUUGUGUUGUGCGUUUAGCUCAGCUUCCUGCGUAAGACCCUAACCUCAUUUGUAGCAGCAGGCGUUACUGAGAAUUUUGGGACCUCGAGUUGCAAUGGAGCUGUACGGAAAGAUGGCCUCUUCCCAAGAUGCCCGGUAUGGCCAGAAAGACUCCUCUGAUCAGAACUUUGACUACAUGUUCAAAUUGCUCAUCAUCGGCAAUAGCAGUGUGGGGAAAACAUCUUUCCUGUUCCGUUAUGCGGAUGACUCCUUUACAUCUGCAUUCGUCAGCACAGUUGGGAUCGAUUUCAAAGUAAAAACCGUAUUCAAAAAUGAAAAGAGAAUCAAGCUUCAGAUUUGGGACACAGCAGGCCAGGAAAGAUACCGGACUAUCACCACAGCCUAUUACCGUGGUGCUAUGGGCUUUAUUUUAAUGUACGACAUCACAAAUGAAGACUCCUUCAAUGCGGUACAGGAUUGGUCAACUCAAAUCAAAACAUACUCUUGGGAUAAUGCCCAGGUUAUCCUGGUUGGGAACAAAUGUGACAUGGAAGACGAGCGGGUCAUCUCAACAGAGAGAGGCCAACAUUUAGGAGAACAGCUUGGGUUUGAAUUUUUUGAAACAAGUGCCAAGGAUAACAUUAACGUCAAGCAGACGUUUGAGCGUCUUGUGGAUAUCAUCUGCGACAAAAUGUCUGAGAGUUUGGAGACGGAUCCGGCCAUCACUGCCGCCAAGCAGAACACAAGACUCAAGGAAAGCCCUCCUCCGCCACAGCCCAACUGUGGCUGUUAAUGUCCCCCUCCACACACACAGGCAGUUUGAGGGGGCCCAUCACCAACAAACAGCAUUUAUAAAUGGUUGAUUAACCUUCAUUUCUACUGCCUAGUAAUUAUUUGAGGGAAAUCUUUGUCAGUGGCUCAUACACACAUUCAAUUUGUGGGAGAUUUCCUGUGUUAAUAAUGUGGCAAAUAUGUGAUCUCAACUUUGUAAGGACUAUCCAUCUAUAAACAUCUGGUAUUUGCAUGUAAUUUGUUACUUGUCUUUGUAGGCUCUUUUUGUUUCAGAUUUCUUCUCAAAAUUAAGCUACUGCUGGGACCUCAGACUGUAAUUUCACUACACCUGAAUUUUGUGCCAUGGGUUCAAAUUUGUGAUUCGUUUUGUAAGGAUGAUAACCAAGGAACUGCUUGUGUGUGGGGGCAGGAGGAGAUCUCAGGAGACCAUCAUGGGUCUGGUCAGUUUACUGUUCAGGAAAUGUGUCUGGUUUUCAGUCUUACUAAAUAAUUGAGGAGACCAGUGACUAUAAAGAAAUAGAAAUACUGUGUUUGAAACCCUUGCAAAUUUUCUAAGAGAUUAAAUCUCGUUCCAGUCUGGUAAAUAUUCAAUGAUCAUAUUUACCAGACUGGAACGAGAUUUAAUCCACCUUCUUAAUUUAGUUAUGUACGUAAACAAUGACCCUAACUCGGGGCCAACAUUCGGAAUAUUUGAGGGCACAGGCAUCGGCCGAAGGCAUUAGGUAAUGAGUCUUUAAACCAAGAAGGGUAGGAAUGGCUGCAGACUUCUCAAAGGAUUGACUUCUCCCUAAUUCCUUAAUAAUUGCCCCCCCCAUUAUAUACACACCAUCCCCACCACUUUCUGCAACCAUCACUCAGGCGUGGAAUAGAGAUGAAUUUGAAGUUUGUUAGAGCCCCUCUUCCCAUGGGAUAGAGACUUGCCUCCGCAACCAGUGCCUUCUGUUCACACUUCACUUGACUUUUUACCCAAUAGAUUUAAACAAUAUCCCAGUGGCUCUAAGGUUGAGGAAAAAACAAUUUUUAUCUGUAGUCUUUUUCAAUCCCAUUGUUCCCAAUUGUAAAGCAUAUCCCUCCCCAUUCUGUAAGCUUUUACAGGUGCUUAAGUUACUGAGAGAAAUACUCUUUAGAGUUAAGAUAAGUUGAACCAACACUUUAGGACACCAGAAGCAAUUUAGUGGGGGCAGGGGGAGAAAACCAUUUGAAUACACGUAUUUUUUCUCCCAGAUUUUCUAAGACCGUCUGAGAAUAACAAGCCAACAAAUCUCACCAGCUGUUGUCAUUGAACCGCAGAAGGAAAAUGUCAUCCUUAACUGUGCACGAUACUGGACUUGAGGCAGGCACAGACUGGCAGAUUUAGAUGGACUGUUUCAUUAGGGUGAUUUUCCUGUUGCCCUUUGGUGGUGGUUAUGGUCAAGAUUUUUUUUCCUCUUUCCAUAACUAGACAGAGUUCCUGUGAAAGUUUUGGAUGCAAGUCUUUUGAGCAAGGUUACUGAUAGCUAAGCGUGUCAUUGGAUAAAAACCACCUCCAAGUCAAGGAACUAGGUCACAUACAUUAUUACUAAGUUAGAAGAUGAAACUUACAGAAGAGUACCUGUGGGAUGUUUUCAAAAAACCCAGGUCAUUUCUCACCUUGAGCUUAAGAUCCAUGCGUUUGUAAUAAAUUUCCACUUUGGCACCCUGCAAGGCAAGAAUGUUUUAGUAGAUUUUAAUAGGCCAACAAACUUCAAAAAAUCACAGAACUCACAGUGAAGGGCAAGAGAAAGGGGCAUGGCAAGCAAAGUAGACUAGUUUGCAACAGAAGCCUAUUGCAUGCAAUAUUUCUGUAACUGCCUAAGAAUGUGGCCAUGGCCAAGGCUAGAGCUGUUAAACUCAACUUGUGUAAUCUAGCAUAAAGCAAUAAGGCCAAGAAAACUUCCCUGUGCUCUGAGUCCCAUACACACAUGCAGAUGUCAAGGACCUAAGAUCUAAGAGCCCUAAGUCAGAGGUCUCUUACAAGCCCCUUCCUCUAUGGAGUGUUGUAUAAGGGCAAGCAAAAUCAGGGUGAGAAAAGUGGCAGGUCAAGAGCUGAGUUGUGCCUUUGUGUAAACCCCUUCCCUGGAAACGUCAUUGCUAAUGACCUUAAUUGGCCCUACAGCCAAAAGACCAAGUCAGGAGCCUACAUCACACGUAGGUGUCAGGCAUGCCUACGCUGAAUUACUUUAAUCCCAGUCAGGGAAGCAUGAGGGCCAAGUGUCCUGGCCAAGGAACUUUGGAUACUUUCUAUUUUCCAACCCUCUGUGGAAGUGAGUGGAGCCUUCCUACUUCAUUCUCUGUCCCAGAGCUCCCACGCUGGUGUGAAUUUCACUGAGAAGUUUCCAGAGUGGAUUGUCACAGAGCUUGGGUAAAUGCACACCUAUGUUUCUGCUAUAAAGCUUGUGGGAAGAAAGGAUAUUCUCUAUUCCUCGUUUCAUAAAGCAAUUUUAGUUUUAAAAUUAAAUCUUUGUUGUAAGAGGUAGCGCUGCAGGGUUAACGGGGCGCUGUUGUCAUCAAACCGUAUUAAAAGUUGUAGCAGGGUAAUUGCAAGGCUUCUUAGCCCUUUUGCCACCAACACACACACACACUUAACCUCCUACGUUCUCUCCAACUCCCACCACAGCCUAAAUAGCCACAAGUCAUUUUUUACCAAUGGCCUAACUAAAUUUGUAUUUUAAACAUCAAGAUGCCUUCAAAAAGUACAUGCUGGGGUAAGUGUGUACACUUUUAACACCCAUCUUCUGUUGUAUUUGAUGCAAUUCAAUCAGUUUUUCAAGAACGAAUUUCCCUGCUGCCCAUCUUCUCAUCACCCUCACCCCUGCAAAUAUUUUAGAGACAAACCCUGAUUGUUGAGCAAAUGCUUCCAAGAGCUUUGGUGUUGGUCCAUUUCUUUCCAUUCUUAAUGUCAUUGAAAAACUACACUGGCAAGUUCUUCACGUAAACAGCUAUCCUCAGAGUGGAUGGGCAUUUGGUUUGGGGGAAUGUGAAUGGAUGUAGAAGGUGCAUGACUUUUCUGAUGUCUUAAGGUGGCAGUUUAAGUGCUGCAUCCCAUGUUUGGGGUCCUAAGAACAAGUGCUUCUGAACAGUCAAUCAGCUCAUUGCUGCGGCCCUCUGCCCCUCCCGACCCUGCCUGCCCCUCCCCAGCUUCUACUGCCUUGGUGAACUUGACAGUAGGUUCUUACAGUUCCUGCUGAGGUUCACUUCAAGUCACUAUCCCUUUGCUGCCCGGUAACUAAGUGCUAAGACUUUUAUCUGUCAAGUGAGGGAUGAUGAUGCCUUUGGUCAUGGCAGAAAACUGCAACAUCGUUAUGAUAAAUGUGAAGUGUAAAUACUAAAAACUAUAACCAAACUUCUCCAAGACCCCUAUGUCCUCAAACACAUAGUAUGUACACGGCACCUAUUUAACUCUUAUCCAGAUGAAGGACAGACCUUUUGUUAAGCAUACUGGUCAUUUCUCAGACACCAAUUUAAGCCUCCAAUUCUAACUAUGUCUAUGCUGAUAAUAGACUUUCACAUAUUUUUUUAAUAAAAUAUUCCAUUAUUAACUGAACUUCCCUAAAGCAACAUGAUUUUCAAGUGUGGUAGUCUGUUCUCAGAGGCUCAUCAUGAUGGGCUCAGUCUGCUGUAUAUCUUAGCACACAGUAUGUUCUGUGCCUUCCUAGGUUGACUAGGUGGCAUUUGUCAGACUGUAUUUAAAAUGUCUCCAGACUCUACCAAGCUCUCCCAAGGCUGAGGUAGCUGCUGCAGGUGAAAAACUGUGAGCUAAAUCUUACCUUGAAGUCAGGACUAAAACCCUUUCAGACCAAAAAGUCUUAAACAUUUUCAUCUACUAUUGGAAUGCUCAACCAGGUAUUGUUGGUGUGGGAUACUUCGGAGGUGGUCUUUCUGUCUGAAGGAUCCUCUCUCUGUAACUUAGAGACAUUGCAUGACUGGUGUUUCAAACUUUGUGUUCCUUUGUGUGUAUACUCAUCCAGUGUGCUAGGUCAGGGUAGCAUGUGAGCAACUUGACCCCCGUGGCCUUUCUCCUCACCCUCUGGAAGAUACAACCUCUGUGGCUUGGCUUCACUUUGCCUGUUUGUGUAGACUAACUGCGCUUGCAGAGUUUGCAAGUAAGUUGGAGAAGUCCUUCCGAUGAGCUGGACCAGUCAGGUCAGCUUUCUGGAUUGCUUUGUAUUUAAAGUCAUUUUUGGACCAAAGCCACUUAAAGACAUAAACCUGUAUCCUAUUCGCGAAUGAAUUGGGACAAAUUGGGUCAAAGAGAAACUGUAUGAUGACAAAAAAAAAAAUUGUUCUCCCUGUAAUGCACUUAAAGGGCUCCAGAUUCUAGAAUUACAGUAUCCCCUAAGGGGGCAGCAACAGUCUGGGGAAUUUAUCUAAAAUAUAUGUACCUAUUGUUAUUGCUAUUUCAUGAAUAAAUGUAGUUUGUCUUAUAAACCUUUACAGAAAUUCUUGACACUCCAGUCAACAAAUAAUUCCCUUCGGUAGAUUAAAAUAUUUACACUUGGGCCACUUACAUGGUGUUGUCUCUCCCAACACACACACACACACACACACACACACACACACACUUUUUUAUGAAGGGAAAUUUUCAUAAUAUGGUGCUUUCUCAGUGCUAGGGAAAAGGGAGCUUUUGCUGUGUGCGAACUGUAACUCACAUUUUGUUUAAAAAGGUCUACAAAAUAGAUUCCUUACACUGAUUUGUAUGUUUGUGCACAUAAUUUUCAUGAAGAAUAGAGAAAAAUACAUUUUGCAAACAUUCUAGACAAAAAGAGUUCAAAACCUCUGUCAGAACAUCUAGCUGGUAGACAAACUGAACUUUCCAAUUGUGGUUCUCUUUUCCACUUUCUGAUACUAUUUUUCAUUUCAGUUUUUAAAGCAGUCUCCUCUCACUGAACGACAGGACUAAGAAUAGGAAGUGAGACUCAAAUUUCACCAUUUACCUGCAAUCAGCACUAUUGUUGGUGGAGUUUCAACCAGUCAUUAUCUGUUGAAAUGAGGUGGGGGGUUUACCUGUGUAUUUUCAUUCACCUGUGUUCAUACUUUCCUUCAUAGUGGACAACUGAGAGUUGGUUGUGUUUUGUUUUGGUUUUUUUUUAGUGGUCAUAUUUCCACAAUCACGUUUGGGGCUAGGGAUUGCUUAGGUUCAUGAAUGCUGUUCUUAAGGACACAGAUGGUAUGUGAGCCACACAGGUGCCCAGCCUUUCAGGGACGUGAGUGUGACAGACACCUGGCUAGUGGUUCCCUGCUCCUCAUACAAGUGAAACUGGGGAUUGUUUGUUGUAUCGGUAGGAUGGUUUUCCAUGCAUUGUUUCAUCAUCCCUAGGAUGUGUGCUAAAUGAAAACUUCCUGUAAUUCCUGUUAAUAUAUUGUUGUCAGACGUGAUGUGAUACCGUUGGACUGUCCAAAUGUACAACUAUUUAAUGGUGUUUGUGGGACUGAAAUGUCUUAAAUGUUGCAUGAAAUAUGUUAUAAAAAUAGAUUUGUUUUCUAUUUUUCAACACCUCAUAAUUGAGGGUUCAUGGGCCAAUAAGUGCAAUAUUUAAUGACUUACUCAGUGUAUAUAAACUAGCGUGAAAGAGUGCAUUAUAAUGAAUGUGUGAGAUGCUUUGAUGGUGUGUAACUUAUUCAAAUUAUUUCUUGUAGCUGUAUUUGUCUAGUGGUGCAAUUUAUACAGUAAAUACCUUAUUGGUGUCAUGUGAAACUCCUCCGUGCCUAUUUCAAAGUAAUUUUUUCCCUAUAAAACCAAACAUUUAGCAUUUGCAAAUAUAUGUCAAUUUUGCGCUUUAGAAUUGUGGAUUUUAUUUUUAAGACAGAAUGGAUGUUCAUUUAUUUUAUAUAGGCAUUCCCUUCUUAAAUCCAGAAGUCUCUUAAAAGAGGCUAAUUUAGAUACCUAAGAAAAAAUAUGCACAUAAAGUAAAGUCCUAUUUAUUCUUCUCAGAAAUGUUAAUCACUUGUUCUAUGUAGUAAGAAUUUUUCUUCUUGCAUUUGUGUGUUUAUUUUGUUGUUCAACCUUGUAUUUUGUUUGCAAAGUUAACACUGUCAACCCUGGGAAUUCUAAAAUAUUGAUGUCUUUUUAGGUUGUAGUUAAUGUUAUAUUCACUUUCAAUUCUCAAUUGUCCACACUGGUGAUACAGGAGAAGCAAAAGUCAGAUUUCUUAAGUUGCUUUGGCAUUUCAACAGCAACUUCUACAUUCAUCCUCAAACCCCCUUGGUUAAUCUUAAAAUUGGUGGCCUAGGACUUCAGUGAGAUGCGAAAAUAAAAAAAAAAAAAAAAUAGAGUUUUUGAUAAUCCAGCAACCAGGCCUAAGUGUUUAUUUAUAUGAAAUUUAAAGUGGGUCACCUACCUUAAACUCCUAUUUGCCAUUAACUUUUAAGGCAAAACACUCAUUUUAAUACUGUGCUUUGCCUUUUCAUUUAGUUAGCAGAGUGUAAAUCAUGAUACCAUUAGGAAGAAAAGUUAUGACUUGUUCACUGAAAAUGAUGGAAAACAGUUGGUUUUAGAUAACCUUGGCCAUCUGUACAUCAUAUGAAGCCUUCUGCUCUUUCUACAGCAGUUGCCUGAAACUGACAUGUGAGGCCAUGCCAAUCAUAUUAAAUGGCUUUGGGCUACCACCAGUGAUGUGUGGCCCUAUUUUAAAAAUGAUAGUGUGAACUUUGUACUCAGCUCUCAAACUGACUGAAGAAGUCACAUGAAUGUUGGAGAAGCAGGGAGAUUAGGGAUGACUUUGUGCCAAAUUAAAAAAAAAAAAAGAUAAACAUAAGCACGUAGCCAACAUUAGAAUAAUAAUUUAAGAGCGUGUUUAAAUGUUUAGUCAUCACCGUUAUUGAAUACCAAGUGCUCAGUGCUGUGAGAAUCAAACAGGGAAGAGGUGUAAUUCCUAUCCCCAGUAAACUUACUGACUGAAGAAGGAGUUAAAAAAAAAAAUCAGGAUAUUGUGUAAAUGCUAAAUUAUGUCCAGAUAUAGCAGCAUAGAAAAUGAGGGACCUCUAACAACUGGAACACUCAAGAAUAUGAUCCCAGCAAGAAUUGGAUAAUGAGGAGAUUUUGCCAGACA